AUGAAUUCGCAAACGAAGCCGGAAAUUGGUCGCAAGAAGCCGCAAAAGCCGAAGAAAGCGACGUUUACGAAAGGAUGCGCAGUUUCCUCAGGAGGAGGAGGAGGCACUAUCGAAAUCAUGAAUAAAGCGGUAAAGAUGAUGAUGAAUGAGGGUUUGAACGAGGACGAGAUGAAGAAGACAAAGAAUAAAUCGAGUGAAACGAACAACGAUGAAAACGACGAGACGAUUGCGUUGCGCGGGUGGCGAGGAGAUGAGAAAGAGGAUGAUGAUUUCGAGACGGAUGGAUUAGGUAUAAUUCCAUCUUCUUCUUCGAGGAGAACAACAACGCCUUCUUUGGCGAAGACGAUAAACGACGCGGUGUCGGACGUGGCGACUUUAGACGCGGACGAGACGGUGCAAGAGAGAAUGGCGAAGCAGGUGAGAGAUAUGCGAGAGAAAAAGAAGAAGAAAGCAAAGGAGACGACGACGACGAACGGUCGUGAUGAUCGAAUGAAGGCGGAAGAGGACGAGCGGAACGCGGCGGACUUGUCCAAGGCGAGCGUACACGCCGUGCCGAGAGGUUUGAUGAGUAGCAGUAGUAACAAGAGUGGCGAUGUGAGCAGGGGUAGUUCGAGCGUGGACGCGGUUGAGUUGAUUAAGAAACACGAGAAACACGCGAAGAAGGCCUUUCGGCAGGCGGAAAGAGAACGCGAGCAGGCGCAGAAACGCUUGAAGAAGGUGAGGGAGAAGAAAAAUCGAGAGAGGCGAGUAUUCGAUCGAGCGGUGGAGAAGGGGUUUUCGGAGAAGUGGGUGCAGAAAGCGAUGGAGGCGCAUCCCGAAGAGCUGAGCGACGAUGAACAGGAAGAGGAAGAUGAAGAGGACGAGGAGGACGAGAAAGCGAAGAAAAUGAGACAAGCUUUACGCGCGCAAAAAAUUAAGGUGUCGCAAACGAAGCGGUUUGCGCACGUGUUGGAUUUUUUGUGUCUCAGCGUACCUCGAGAGGAAAUGCCAGCUGCGUUUGCCGCAUUACUCGAUGCGAAAUCCGAGAGACAACACAGCAAGAUUAUUCCGACGCCUUUACACGUGAACGCGAGAAAUUUAAACAACGUCGUCGAUCGAUCAAACGAAUACAACGGGGAAGUCAUGGUGGAUGAUCCCACCGUGAAAUUAUUCCAAAGAGCCAUGGCAAAACGGUGCGAAAACUCUGGAUUUGGCACCGCGGAGUCCAUGUUAGCCUUAGAAAAAAGCGGAUGGAUAGAGGAAGACGCGUUUUUAGAUUUAUUGAGGUCUUUACAGCCUCCGCACGAGAGCACAGCUGUAAUCAAAGAAGAACUCGAAAGCGUGCAAGAUUUACGAAGCGAAGAGAAAGCUGCGUUGGAAUCCAUCGAAGGCGAGGAGAACUUCAAAAUUAGUAACGAUAGACCGCACGACGUCCAUGUGGAAACGUGGACAAUAGCGAUAGCGAUAGAAAAUGACGACGAGAAAAACAGCGAGGAACUUGUGGAAGAGAGCGAGAGGAUCAAAAUCCCAAACGCCGAGCUUGACGUUUACUUUCCGGAGAACAGUCGAUACCCGUUCGAACCGGCUAUUUGCGAGUGUCGCCAUUCAUAUUUACCGAACGAGGCCAAGAGAGCGAUCAAUUCUGCUCUCGCGUCGAUUGUGACGGCAAAAGUUAUCGAAAACAGAGGUGAACCGGUGAUUUACGACUUAUGCUCGUGGUUGAGAGAACACCUAUUUGCGAUUUUGAAAGCAAAAUGUCCGGGUAAGUUUAAACGAGCGAAACGAGGUUCAAGAUUGAUAGUCGCGUCCAAGAGUAAUAAUGGCAACGGAGAGAAUGAGGAUGUUCCUUUUCGAUUGACCGGUCGUGGUGCGCACAUACAACGCACGUACGCUCGAUUAGAAAAUACCGAGAGGGAAGAGGAGGAAAAAGAAAAGGAACGAUUACAACGCAUCACCUAUUGCGCGGAGCUUAUGAAGAAGGAAAAAAUGAAAGAGGAGGAGGAAGAAGAGAGGGAACUUUGUGUUCCUGCGAUAGCUCCAACUGUUCCACAAACCAUGGACGAGAGAUUAGAACGGUGGGAGCGAGAACAUGAGAAGAGAAAAAUACUCGCUAAAGACGCGGUUCGAGUCGAUUUGUCAUCCGCGUCCGAUUUGAACGCCGUAUCGAUGUUGAAGAAGAAGAAAAAGAAGAAAAUCGUCCCGAACGCGGCAAAGAAAGCUGAAGAAGCGGCCGCUGCAGAAGAAGCGGCUUUAGCUGCCGCCGCGAAAGAAAGAGCGAAACGCGAAGAAAUGUUGAGGAAACAAAAGGAACGAGAAGAGGAAGAAGAAGAAGAAGAACAGCAACAAAAGGCGACGAAACCAAUAAUAAAGAAAACGUCGUGGCUUGCCAAGAAAAUUAAGCAAACGCAACACGACGCUCGCGAGGCCGCUUCAGACGACGUGAUGGAAAACGAGGAAAAUGAAGAAGAUAUGGACGAAAUCGCUUCGGCUAUUGUCGAUAAAGUCUCCCUCGCCGCGAAGAAAGACUCGGCUCAAGAAAAAGCCGAAAGAGAGAAACGGGAUAGGGAAAUAUCCAACGCGCUUCACGAAAAAGAGCUCGCGAAGAGAUCGUCCAUGAAGUGGAAACAGAUGCAAAAGAUUCGCGAAAACCUACCGGCGAGAAAAGCUCGAUCGGAAGUUAUUUCAGCCGUGAAACGGUCGCGCGCGUGCGUCAUUUCGGGCGCAACCGGGUGUGGUAAAACUACGCAAGUGCCGCAGUUCAUCUACGAAAACGCCAUACUCGACGAAAGAAACGGUGCAAACACAUCAAUCAUCAUCACACAACCGCGGAGAAUCAGCGCCAUCGCCGUCGCGGAACGCGUCGCGGAUGAACGUGACGAACAGAUUGGUGAUACCGUGGGCUAUUCAAUUCGUCUGGAGUCUCGACAGAGCGCCAAGACGCGAAUGUUAUUUUGCACGACGGGUGUUCUGUUGAGGCGUUUACAACAAGAUCCAAACUUGACCGGCAUCUCGCACGUCGUUGUCGAUGAAGUCCACGAGAGAGAUGCACUUUCGGAUUUCCUUCUCGUUAUUUUACGAGACGUGGCAUCCCGACGAGACGAUUUUCAUCUAGUCGCGAUGUCCGCGACUGUCGACGCGGAUUUGUUUGGGAAUUACUUCAGACAAGUCGUCCCUGGUGAAAUUCCAAGCGUCGCGAUGCAAGGCAAAACGUUCCCAGUGGAAGAGUAUCGAUUGGAAGAUGCCAUCGAAGCGUGCGGGUACGUAUGCGAACCAAACUCUGAAUUUUCAAUUUCAGGACAACAAGCGAAGAAGAAAGGCGCUUCGGGAGGAGGUAAUCGCAGGUCAAAGCAAAUGGCGGCACUCGCCGACGCCGCGGGAAGUUUCGUCGAUGAAUCAAUAAUAACAGAUGAAACGAGGAAAUAUUACUGCGAAUACGACGAAAGCACGAUGCGUCAGUUGCAGAUUGUCGACGAGAAUUGCGUGAACUUGGAUUUAAUCGAACAGCUCGUCACGCACAUCGCCGAAGAUUACGAGGAAGGCGCUAUUCUAGUCUUUCUACCAGGGAUGGGCGAGAUUAAAGCGUUGCACGAUCGCUUGCGCGCGUCGCUAUAUGAAAGCGAGCACCGCGCUCCAAGCUCGGUUCGAACCGAGGACGACGACGACGACGAUAAAAAGAAGAAUGCGCCACCAAGGUAUUUACUCGUACCUUUGCAUUCCACGCUGACCGCGGAGGAGCAAAAAAGAGCUUUUUCGAAACCGGCGCCGGGUGUUCGAAAAGUUGUCAUGUCCACGAACAUCGCCGAAACGUCAAUUACAAUCGACGAUUGCGUGUACGUCAUCGACGCCGGUAAAGUGCGAGAGACUCGAUUCAACGCGAAGACGCGCACGUCGUCGUUGGAAACCGCAUGGGUUUCCAGAGCUUCGGCGAAGCAGAGAAGGGGUCGAGCCGGAAGAGUCAAACCCGGUUAUUGUUUCCACUUGUAUUCCUCGAAAACAGAAGCGGAAGUUUUGGAGGAUUUCGCAAUCCCGGAAAUUUCCCGCGCGCCUUUGGACGCGUUGGUUUUGCAGAUUUACUCCUUGGGAUUUACCGACCCGAGAGCUUUCCUAUCGAAAUGCAUAGAACCGCCGUCUAAAAUGGCCAUCAGCUCUGCGAUGACAGCUCUGAAAGAAAUCGACGUCAUCGACGAUCGCGAAAAUGUCACGCCAUUAGGAGUCCAUCUCGGCGGGUUACCCGUGGACGCGAGACUCGGCAAAAUGCUCGUCUAUGCGUGCGCGUUCGGCGUUUUAGAUCCCAUUCUUACCAUUGCCGCGUGCGUAGGAUUCAAAUCGCCGUUUAUUUCACCGAUGGAUAAACGAGACGAAGCCGACGCGGCGAAGAAAAAAAUGAGUCUCCCGGACGGUUCGAGCGAUCACUUGACGUUGGUGAAAGCCUUCGCCGGUUGGCUCGAGGCGAAGAAAAAGUUUGGCGCUUCAGGGGAGAGAAAGUAUUGCGGCACGCACUUCUUAUCGGCGGUAAGUUUGCGGCAGAUUGCGGACGUGCGGAAACAGUAUUGCGAAUUACUCGACGAAAUGGGUUUCUUACACCAGGCGGCGCAAACGGACGUAACUACCACCAACCGUCGUCAACGCACCGAAGCCGCGCUCCGCGAAGCCUCGUGCAACGCCUCCAACGAAACGCUCGUUCGUGCGGUCGUCUGCGGCGGCUUAUACCCUAACGUCGCCAUCUCCGACGACUUACACGCGGCCAAAUCCGUCCAACUUCCAUAUCAAACUGUCAAAGUCCGAACGAAACGAGACGCGUCCGACGACGUCUACAUGCACCCGUCCUCCGUCUGCGCCGGCUACGCGUCUUCCUCAAAACCAUACCUCCUCUACCACGAAAUCAUGAAAACCGGCAAAACUUACAUCCGCGACGCCACCGCCAUCGGUGCGUUCCCGUUGCUCCUCUUCGGAGGUAAAAUCAAAGUCGAGCACGAAAAGUUCCGCGCGAGCUGCGACAACUGGAUUAAGUUCCGCGCGGCGCCGAGAGUCGCCGUUUUGUUCAAAUCCUUGCGAGAAGAGUUGGAAGACGUCUUGCUGCGGAAGAUUGCCGAUCCAGGUUUGAACGUCGUUCGCGAAUCCGAAGGGUUGGUCGAUACCAUCGUGGAAGUUUUAGAGAGCGAACAUGCUACGAAUACGAGUAAUACUACUACCGCGAAAGACGAGGACGUCGACGAGAACGCCGAGAGAAAGCGAGAGUAUUAA